UUUAACAAAGUUUGUACGGUUGUUUGCUUGUUCACUCUGCACGGUGCUUCACCAUGUCGCACUCGCGUUCUCCAAUGCCGCACCUGGCCAUGCGGCAAACAACAGGAAGUUGGAAACCGGCACAAGGCAGAGAGAAAUCUCGCUGGCAGCUACCCCAAGCCGUGCGUGGGGUGCACUCAGGAGCCGAGUUGUUCCCAGAGAAGAGCAGCCUCGUACAGAGGAGCAUGUUAGGCACUUCCACGGGUGAUUUCAAAAGGCGAAAGCCGCGGACGAAGGCUGCAGCGAUCCACAAUGUGCUAGCGCAGGUAGCAUCUUCCAAGACGAAAUUGCCACACUGGCCACGGCCUGUUGAAAGUCGGAGCGCAGGAACCUUGCCUCGGGCUGUCAAGGAAGAGGACAUGAGAAGGACACCCUCUCACCCAGUGAAGCUCCCUUCUACUUCGAUGCCUUCACCGAUGGCAUCGAUGGCACCUUCUCAGCCCUGGCAGCCCUCGCAGCCUCCGCCGCAACCCGCAGCACAGCAGGAACUGACGGAGCCUGUGAAGGAGUCUGCGGAGCCUGUUCCGGGUGCGAAUGGCCGGCAAGGUGGCAAACCGGAGAACACGGAGACUCCUCAGGCUUCAUUGGCCCAGACUACGCCAGUCGGCAAGGAGGGAUCAAACUGUGACCUGCCAGAGCCCAUCAAGUGGCGAGCAGGUUCGCUAGUACCCAGUGUGGCCGAUUGCCUUGAUCGCUACUACGCUGACUUGGUUCCUGCUGAAGAUGUGCAGCGAAUGCGGGUGAUAUUCUCGCGCUUUGCAAAUUCCAACUUCGAAGUGGCCAAGGAGGACCUCCCCGAAAUGUUGCGUCGCCUUUGCUUUUUCCUGGUGUCUGGAGACCAGUGCAAUCAGAUUGCCAAAGAGGCUACGAACUUCGAGGCCUUGGACUUCAAUGACUUCCAGGAUUUUUAUGAACGCUACGCCCAGUACGAGCGGAGAAUGAUGCACGUGAGGCUGAAAAGGUGGCGUCCAAACCCUUCGGCCCGUGAAGAUGCAGACUUUCCUUUGCAGAACAUCCGCACGUUAUUACGAUCUUUCAGUGUCGUGUGCACUGCUGAUGCAUUUAACAGUAUCCGAGAAGUGGCGGGGUUGAAGCGGCAUGACUGUGACCACUCCAUCGCCCUGAUUCGUUUUCUUGCAGGCUAUCGCUCCUGCGAAGGCUUCACAGUAACAGAGCUGCAAAGGCUGACUCAAGCCUUUCAUCACUGUGAAAGUGAUGUUGUGAAUCUGGGCCCAGAGGGCCGACUGAUUCGUCCAAGCGAGCUUGCACGGGGAUUGUUGCACUUUGGAGGACUCUACUGUAUAGAUCACUUGCAAGCACUGAUCGACAGUCAGUCACACCAUUUCCAAGAGAAGACGCAUGGGAUCUGCUUCUUUGAGUUCCUGGUAAAUGCGCGGUUGCUGCGUCAGAUGGAGCUUUCUGAAGUUGCCGGCUACUUCCAGAAUUUAGACACAGACAAGGAUGGAUACAUUUGGGGCCAGGACUUGCAAGACCUCUGCAAACCAUUGGGGUUCAGUCUACUGACAGCUGAGCUUAAUGAGCUGCAGGGCGACCAGGGCAUCAGUGCAGACUCGCAGCUGUCCCUGGACGAUGCCUUCAACUUUAUCAUGCAUGUUCGAGAAAAGAAUGGAUUCACGGCAGGAGAACGCCAAGAAUUCUUGAAGACCUUUGACCACUUUUGUAAAGCCAACCGUGAAAUGCCCACGCUUCAGGUGAUGGAGCUCUUGGACUGGCAAGGUUUCAAAAAUCGUGUGGAGGAUGUGCGAAAGAUGGUGCAACAAGUCGACUUCAAUGAAAAUGGCACCAUGGACGAAACCGAGUAUUUACGUUUGAUGCGCUUGCAGAAGGAGAUCAAACUGUCAGUUUAUAGAAAGGUUUACGAGCAGCAAGAGCUGGCCAGCAAAGCUCUCACCAAAGAAGCACUGUCAGAAGCCUUGGAUGAGGCUGACCUCCAUGUGCCGCCUCGUCUGGUGGAAGACACAUUUCUCAAGUGUGUAGCUGAGCAGGGGCAAGUAUCUGCAGGCAUCACCUGGGACACUUGGGUGAAAGCGGCUGAGCAGAGCAGGAAGCUAAUUCCAGUGGAGAACCGAAAGCAGGCUUCCUUCACAGAUGCAGAGCUGCAACAGCUCAGGACAGCGUUUGAUCUUCAAAGCUCCGACGGCUGUGUUUCAAAGGGCCAACUUUUGUGGAUGCUGGCUGACUCCGGUAUGCCCGUCAACAAGGCGAGCGGCCGCCGUGAUCUGUAUCUUAGUCUGGAUCGGGCAAGGAGAAAGGCCCUUGAGGCCGGUGUGGCAGAAGAGGAAGUGGGGCGACCACGAAGCCCCAACAUCCGUUUUUUCCCAGUGGUGCAUUUGGCACGGGCAUUUCUCAAGAAUACACAGCAGAAGGUUUUGGAACGAGAAGAGGCAGCUAUGAGGGCAGUGCGCUUCUCUUCAGCGGAGGUCAUUGAGCUUCGCUCACUUUUCGAGAGUGAGGCUCAGGAGUGCGUCAAGGAGGAUUUACAAGAAAGACUUGAGGCAACAGAAAGAAGACAAGCUAAGUUCUGAAAUGACGCUGCACACGACUAAAGAACUAGUCCUAGAAGUUUCAGAGAAAGUUAUAUAAAGAUGUUGAAAGUUAAGUUUCAGAGAUCUACUGUAGCUUUCAGGCCAUUUUUCUAAUUCGUAGCUGCAGCUCUUUUGGGAGGGCCAUCGUUGUUGUGAUUGUUGUUGUAAGAUGUUGUAAGUGUUAUUGCUAUUUAUGCUAUGGAUGGUGCUCUAACUUCAAUCAACAGAAGACGAUUCAGAAACAAAAAGUAGCCGAUUCAGAAGCUGACCGAUUCAGAAGCUAGCCGAUUCAGAAACUGCAUGGUGGGGGUGGGGUUUGGGUAGGGUGACGUUGACGUUCCUGUGAAGUUGCAAACAGUGGGCACGGGUGGGAUGGUGACGCUCCUUUGAUUUUGCGCACACUGGGCACGGGUGGUGGGGUUGGGGUGAGGUGGGACGUUCCCGUUCUAGUUUCCGAAUCCUAGUUUCCGAAUCCGUGCCGUCCCUAGUUUCCGAAUCCUGGGCCACCCUAGUUUCCGAAUCCGCGGUUCUAGUUUUAGUAUCUGCUGUUGACCUAACUUCAACAUAGGGCUAGGUAAAUGGCGCUGGUUCUUGUUCGGAGUCACGCGUACAUUGUAUUGGAAUAUGUUGUCAAAGCAUCCCAAAGCCAGUGCACCUGUACUCAGGGAGAUGAAACGCGCAAACGCAGCUUGGGGACUGUAAUUAGACUUCUUGGCUGCUUAGUGCAAAAUUCAGUGCCCUUGCCAGUGACAGAUACUUCAUUCCUUUGAGGUUUUUGCAACACUUGCUCUUGAAGUUUUGCACAAAUUCACAUGCAAAAGCUGAGGUCAAGAGGCCAGAGUGCCCACCAGCAAGGUUAUAUUGAUGACGGCGCGGAUAGGGGCUCGGAUAAAGAUCUCUCAGAAAGAGGAGCUUUACUCCAAGAUCCGCGAGCUUUGCGUCCAAGACCCUGGAGAGACUCAUCGGGGCAUCGACUUCCCCUGCUUCUUGCAGCUCAUGCAGUGGAUGUUGGAUUGCAACUUUGGAGAAAUCAAUGAAGCAGCGGAGCGAUCAAUCAAGAACUGACACAAAAAAAACAGUGGGUCAAGCUGUACACGAUUAUUCAAUUGCUUGUA